GCCUUCUCCUUCCAAAAACUGUCCAACCCAACUGCUUUCCCUCUCUCUCUCUAAACAUAUGAAACACAAUUUUCUCAAGAGUCCCAAACAACCCAAAAUCUUAGGAUUCUCAACUCUUAAUCCCUCUAAAAUUCUCAAAGGCCAAAGCUUUUGGCAACUAGAAGCAAAACCCAGUUGGCAACAAUGUCUUCUCCACCAGUACCAGUCAUUUUCUUCUUCUUCUUCUUCUUCACCAUCACUCUCAUCCCACUAACCCACUCUGUUCCUUUCGUUGUUUUUCAUGGAAUCAGUGAUAAAUGCAGCAACCGAGGAGUCGCACUGUUUACUGAGCUCUUAAGCAACUGGUCAGGUUCUCAAGGACAUUGCAUAGAAAUUGGGGAUGGAUCGUGGGAUUCCUGGACAAUGCCCUUAUCGGAACAGACGGCCAUUGCUUGUGAGAAGGUGAAAAAUAUGAGUGAGUUAAGUGACGGUUACAACAUGGUUGGACUUUCUCAGGGUAACGUGAUUGGACGAGGAGUAAUUCAAUUUUGUGACGGAGCACCUCCUGUGAAAAAUCUCAUAUCGCUAGCAGGUCCUCAUGCUGGUACCGCUUCUAUUCCAUUUUGUAAAUGCGAAUGGAUUUGCGUUCUUCUGGAUGACUUAAUCCAGUCAGAGAUCUACAGCGACUUUAUCCAGGAACAUUUGGCUCCAAGUGGUUAUCUUAAAAUCCCGACAGACAUCGAUGGCUAUUUAAAAGGGUGUAGGUUCCUUCCAAAGUUGAAUAAUGAAAUCAAAGCGUCGAGAAAUUCCACUUAUAAGGAACGGUUUGCUAGCUUAGAGAACUUAGUCUUGAUUAUGUUUGAGCAAGACACUGUACUGAUACCCAAGGAGACCUCAUGGUUUGGAUAUUUCCCAGACGGGGCCUUUGAUCCUAUUUUGCCUGCGCAAGAGACCAUGUUGUACACUGAAGACUGGAUUGGUUUGAAAACCUUGGACGAAGCUGGAAAAGUUAAGUUCAUAAAUGUGUCGGGGGGCCAUCUGCAGAUCUCUCGAAGCGACAUGAAAACGUACAUUGUGCCAUACUUGGAAGACGAAGACUCAACGCAGCACAAGAUAGCAGAGCCUUCAUUUCCAACAACACUUUCGUUAAUCUGGAACAACUACUUGGAUCUUGUUGGACUCGGUGAGCAUCAGAAGGUGGUGCUGAGGGUCGUGUAAUGUGAGCUUCGGGGUUUAAAGGUAACACGAAAUAUACACAAGAACGCUCUGAAAUGAUCGCUACUACGUAUAUUCUUACUACUCUAUGCACUAUAGUCGAACGGGACUUGUUAUGUCUGUUUAUUUUUUGCACCAUUGGAGAAGGGAGAGUGAGUGACAAUUCCUUUUACGAUUGCCGGCUGCCGGCUGCCGGCUGCCAUAUUGUUUCGUAAUCAUUGAUGUUGUACUGUUUCGUAAUCAUUGAUGUUGUACUUUGUUAAGUAAUUUUACGGAGACUCUACGUUGUAGAGUAUGUAAAUGACUCCCAACUUUAUUGUACUUUUAUAUCUUCCACCUUUCGGACCGUUA